AUAUAACAGAAUUGUCAACAUCGUAAUAUAUUAUUACGUUAUUUAAACAGGAAAUGGAAGAGAAGGAUCAUCAAUUUUCAAACCAUAUGGAGAAGAAGAAAAUAACUAUCACCGUGGAUGAGGAUGAUCCUUGUCUCAAACGAGAAGAAAAAGUAGAGGAAGUAGCAUAUCCACAAUUUCGAUUUAAUCCUGGUGUCGAUCCAAGAUUUCAACAACAAAAUCAAACGCAACGAUGCUUUGUAAUGUAUACCGACUUUUAUCGAUGUGAGCACAUCUUAGGCAAAGGUACCGAAGCAUGCACGUGGUUUAAGGAUGUUUUUACGUCUAUGUGUCCGAACGCCUGGGUGAAGCGUUGGGAUGAACUAAGAGUUACGGGCAGAUUACCUUGGCACAAAUAUAGAACACAAGGUCCUUUCCCCGGUCAUAAAUAUGGCGAAUAAAGAUCUCUUUUGCAAAAUCUUUGAAUAAAAAUAAAGAAUGUAAUGUUCGAGAAUAAACAAUGAAGAAAAUUAUUAAAAUAA